AGCUGUUCCAUCCCUCAGAGCUAGUAUGAUAUCGAAGUGGUUCAAAUCGCUACUGGCACUCGUACCUCUGCUUCGCCCGGUGGUUGCGGACCCAUGGCCAUUCGAUGUCACAACGAUCGCAGCUCCCGACGGCUCUGUCACAGCGAAGUUCGUGUCUUUUGGUGCGACUAUGACUGAGCUGUGGAUCAAGGACAGAUUCGGGAAUCCUCGGGACAUUAUCAUCGGUUACGAUAACAAUACCGAACUACUCACCGACCCCGCCCACCCCGUUUUCAAUCCCAUUGUCGGCAGAUACGCAAAUCGUAUCAAGAACGGUACUUUCUCCAUUCCUAUUACCAAGUAUCCCCAGCCACCAGGGCCGAAUGUCUACCACAUCCCGACAAAUGACCAUGACGGCCAGGAUACCCUUCACGGAGGUAUCUACGGAUGGGAUCGCCGGAACUGGACUAUUGUAUCGAAGUCUCCGACUAGCGUCACCUACCACCAUCUGGACGCUGCAGAUGAAGGCUUCCCUGGAAAUGUCUCAGCUUAUACCACCCAUACUGUUGAGAAUGGUGGCGUUCUCAAGACCACCGUUCAUGCUACGGCUACCGAGCUGACCCCGAUCAUGCUCACGCAGCAUAUAUAUUGGAACCUUGAUGCCUUCCAGGGCAGUGAGAAUAUUCUAAAUCACAAUCUCCGCGUUGAUGCAUCUCGUGUCGUCGAGGUCGAUGGCGACGCCAUCCCAACCGGCAACCUCAUUAAUGUGACAGAUACUCCGUGGGAUUUUAGAACGCCUCAGAAGAUCGACUAUCGUUGGAACGAGACCGUAGGACUAUGCGGAGGAGGUUGUAGUGGCUAUGAUCACUGCUGGAUCUAUGACCACCCAGAGGAUACGAAUCCGGGCGUGUCUCUCUGGAGCGAUGUGUCGGGAAUCAGGGUGGAUAUUACCACAAACAAUCCGGCUACGCAGGUUUACACAGGGUACUGGCUCGAUACCCCUCGCAAAAAGGUACACGGCGGCCCAUCGCUGAACUAUACUAGCUACAGCGCUGUUGCCAUCGAGCAAGAGGGCUAUAUCGACGCUAUCAAUACUCCGGAAUGGGGAGUAAACCAGAUCUAUGGACCUGACAGGGACUACACAUGGAGCACUACCUACAAGUUUUCCACAGUCCAGUGAAUCUCCGUAUGCAGGCACUUUUGUAUCUCGUCCGCUGCGGCCCUGAUAGAUUAAUCACGCAACAUGCGCCGUCGGUCGUUCUGAGGAAUGAAGGAUGCCGAAUCAGUCCUUGAGAUGGAUGGAGAUGAUGGCGCAUAAGCUUGUAGCCAUAGUGACCUUCGAGAUGGG